AUUUCAUAUUAACGUUAGUGGACAUACAACUAUAGUUCCUAAUAAGUUAUUCUAUGUAAAAUCUGUGUUUUUCCAGUAAUCUUGUUGUGGGUGCAUAGUUUUUUUUAUAGAAUUUGAAUAAGAUUUUGGUGAAGGCCAAAACCUGUUGCAGGACUGGGGAAUUACAGCAUAAAAUCAACCACCAAUAGGAAAAACGUCCCAAAGAAACCUGUCGAAGUCCAAAUGAUAAACAAAAAUCAGCUCUUCUGAGAACCAUAUUUUGGAUUUAGCUCAGUUCGUUCCAUCAUGUCAGCCAAGGCUACGUUGUUCAUUUUUCUCCUCCAGGUCUUGAUUCUGGCCAUGGCCAAUACAGUUAACUACUCCAAGAGCUCUGCGGGCGAUGCAAAAUUCGCCUCGAAGCUUUAUGGCCAACUGGCCAAGGCUGAGCCAGGUCAGAAUAUCAUCCUUUCGCCGUCGUCCAUAAGGACGGGCUUGGCACUGGCCUAUAUGGGCGCCGAAGGCAGCACCGCCGACGAGCUGAAGCAAGGACUGGGCCUGGAGGGAGCUGGCAAAACUGAGGUGGCUCAGCACUUCGCCCAGCUCCUGGCCAAAGGACAGCAGCCGACGCAAUCAGGGGAUGGAGAUGAAUUCGGGCCCAAAUUGAAGUAUGCCAAUCGGAUUUAUGUGGCUCAGCAGUUCCAGCUGGCCAAGGUGUAUCAGGAGCUAGUCAGCAAAUACUUCGCAGCAGGGGCCGAGAAUGUGAACUUCACCCGGAGUGCAGAGGCGGCCAAGCGCAUUAACUCCUGGGUGGAGGAGCAGACCCACCAGCAAAUCAAGGGCCUCAUUGGCCCGGACUCCCUCGAUGAAAGCACGGCUGCCAUUCUGGUCAACGCCAUUUACUUUAAGGCCGACUGGCUGAGCAGCUUCCCCGACUACGCCACAUUUUCCCGCCACUUUGUCAAUCACGGCGGUCGAAGGGUCAGCGUGGACACCAUGUCCCAAUCGGAUUACUUUAGGUGCGGCGAGCUGUCAGAGUUGAAGGCCAAAGCCCUGGAAUUGCCAUACAUAGGCACGGAUAUCGUCUUCCUGAUCAUCCUGCCACAGGAGGAGCAGGGACUGGCGUCCCUCGAACAGAAGCUGAAUAGCCUGGACUUGGGAGAAAUAAGUUCCCAGUUGAGCAGACGAAAGGUCAACGUGCAACUUCCAAAAUUCAAAUUCGAGUUCGAUGUACCCCUGCAGCCAGUUCUGGAGGAGCUGGGCAUUCGGAAACUAUUCUCUCCCCAGGCGGAUCUUGGCAGCCUGCUCCAAGCCUCGACACCCCUUCGCAUCUCGGAGGUGAAGCACAAGGCCAUCAUUGAGGUGAAUGAAAAAGGAACCACUGCCAGCGGGGCCACUUUUAUCAAGGCGGAGCUGGAAUCCCUGUUGGUGGGCGAGGAGAUCUUUGAGUUCACGGCGGAUCACCCAUUCUUCUUUGCCAUCAAGGACACGCAGAGCACCCUCUUCCUGGGCCACGUCAGUCAGCUCUAACGUCAAGGAGCGUGCGUAACUUCCCGAACUCAAUAUCCGCAUCCAAUAAACGCCAAUUUUCGAUGUCAAGUGCAGGGACACAAGCACUGACAAGUAUAUCA